UGGUUCUGCUGCGUGCCGUCAGUUUCCAGCGGCCGCGGUUCAUAUAAGAUGAACGAUCACGAAAAUUUCAUUAUUUGCUUUAAUUUUUUCCAGGAAAACCCAAGUGCCGGCGACAUAAACGUGCAAAAGUUUUCAUAUCAGAAGAUUAUUUCAUCAAGGUGAGCAGGGGGAGCAAGUCUGCUUACUGUCAUAAAAGUGCAAACAACACGCGGACGGAGACUCGAACCAAAAGGGGAUUGAAUGAGUGCAACGGCAGCAGACGACAAAACGGACACCACCGUUUUGCCUCGUUAUUACUAUUACAACAGCCACAGUCACGACUACAACGACCGUCACCAUCGUGACAGCACAACCACCAUGAGUCUGGCAGAGGAGCGAGUGACGGGCGCAGACGACAGGACUGAGGUGAAGAGGAAAUGUGACGACUUCCCCUCCCUGUACUCCUUAGACACGGGGCAUCCCACCACCUCGCGGGUCCUGCCGGGCGACCCCUCAGGUCAAGAAGGAGCCUUCAAGAAGAUCAAGUCUGAGGGGGCCAGUCCUGUCUCCUUGUCCCUCGGGUCCUCCUCUUCCUCGUCUUCGCUGCCGGGACCAGCCACCGCAUCCCCUGCCCAAGGCCACGCCCCCAGCAGCGGCACGUGUCCCACCCCCGCCCGCCGACGUCACCGCACGACCUUCACCCAAGAACAGCUCCGCGAGCUUGAGAACGCCUUCGCCAAGUCCCACUACCCUGACAUCUACUGCCGCGAGGAGCUGGCCAGGAUCACCAAGCUGAACGAGGCCAGGAUACAGGUGUGGUUCCAAAACCGUCGCGCCAAAUACCGGAAGCAAGAGAAACAACUGGCCAAAUCUCUGUCCCCGGUUAUCCCCUCCUGUAACAGCAUGAUGCGCAACAUUUACCCUGCAACAUCACGGGCCUAUCCUGCCUAUCCUGCACCCCCCAACAUGGGUGUCAACAACAUGCCGCGGUACCCGCAAAUGAACGCUUCGUAUCCGGGGGCCAUGGGCGGAAUGGGGGUGAGUACUUCAACGACCGUACAACAACUGUCAGACUUUUAAAAAGCAGCUUACCUGCUACUCGACUGUUUUAAUUUUACACUUUAGGUAUAACUUCUAAACCUCUCUGGCAGGACAUCAGAUUCAGACUUUGACAGUCGAUGCUACCGUUGGGGUAAACAAAAACAACUAUAACAACAAACCUGACGGAACGUGAGACAAACAACUGUGUGUUCAAAACAAAAACCAUCAACACAGCCGAAUAUGACGAGGCUCGUUCCAUAAUGACUGGCGCGUGUUUGCAGGUGGGAGUGGGCGUGGGUGGAAUGUCGCAGUUUUCACACAUGUCCAGCAUGUCCGGAGCAGCUGCCUCCAACAUGGCGGCCACGAUGGGGAUGACGCGACAAGUGCAGCAGUUCCCGAUGGCAUCCGACUACAGCUUGGAGACCCCCGAAGACGACUGGUACAACAAAAGCCUGACAGCUCUCCGCAUGAACAACACUCACCCCGGCCCGCUGGGCAACCAGAUCUUGCCGUACCAGACUCAGGUGUAGCUGGCGGCGUCACACCUGGGCCAGGUAAACCGCUAGAGGACGCACCUUCCAGUGCCAGACGCUUACCUGACCGUUUGAAGUGGCCUGUUGGUCGCACCUUCGUACUGUGUGCACUGUGUGAGGAGUCUGCCUGCAGGUGUGCAGGUGUGCAGGUGCGUCAGGUGCUCGGCUGCUACACGCACUGUUUUUCUCACGGGGGUCAGGUUACCAAAGACUGCUGGACUGCGAACAAAGUGCGGAGAACUGAUUUGCUGGACGACCUGCCAUCUUCAAGUGUGGACGAUCUGCAAGGUGCAGACUGAGAUGAUCAACGAUUACCUGAGAACGCUAACAAACCUGAUGGAUCUUAUUUUCGUUUCGGAAUACUCGUCACGAGAAUGUCAGUUUUUAUCUGAAAGAGAAAAUCUGAAAUUAAUGUGAAAAUACAAUGAAUUAUUUCCUCUAGACUGUCUCUCUACCCUCUCUCCCCGAAAACAAAGUCCAGUCUGGAAUACAAAGGACAGUUAAGAGAAACGAAACAAUUGGUCAACGAAAGUCUGUCUUCUUCUUCUUCCCUCUCCCUCUCUCUAUCAUCUCCAGAAAGCCAUAAAGGAGCACGACGCAGAGAAUGAUAAUCUCGGGUGGGCCCACACUGUGUCGAAGUCAACCGGCGGUGACGUAUGCUCGAACAGCCAUUCAUUCACCAAGGCAGCAGCUUGCGACGACGACGACUCCAUCCCCCUUUCCCCCCAACCACCUCUAUGUUACAUCAUUAUCGGCAGGUCAAGAUGAUAAUCUCAUUAUCUGUAGGUGGUUUAUUUUAACUGUACACUUUGAGAGAACGCUAAAAGCUAAAAUAUCUCCGUCGGGCGAAACCGGCAACUUUGGACCUACUCGAGGUCAAAAGUCAUCUUUGAGCGCUUGUCACGUGAUUUCGGCGACCCUCAUUUGCAUAUCUGCAAGGUCCGUCACGGAGGUGGGCAAGGUUGAGUAAGGGUUCUUGUCUCCUUCCUGUACAUCAAAUAGUUGCUUACUUUGAGAAGAUCUACGAGGCUGUUUUGUGUCGGGAAGAAAACACGAAUGUGUGUACAGCCCAGGCCAUGGACCUUGCACGUGACUCACGUGACAUGUGAGUGACGUGCCUGCUUCACGCCAGGACUCACGUCACGAAUGUAGGAUGAACUGUCAAAGUUUUGUUGCAGAUGACUUGUUAACUCGUGAGUAUUAUUUGGAUGUCGGGAACAAGGGAUGUCUGUCUGUAUGUAAGUGUGUGUGCAUGCGACAUGCGAUGCAUUGGUGUUUUUGUUUUGAAUGACUCUGACCCCACAACAACUUUGUUUCAUUCAUGUAAAUACUCUCUUCAUGUUCUUUACUUCUGUCCUUUGAUCGCCAUGUUUUGCUUUCUUUUAAAAGCUGUUCAUGCGUCUGGUACUUAUGAAACGUUUUUGUACCACUCAAGUUUGAUUCAUUUUGAUCUCAUUUCAGAUGAACAUCUCUCCCCGCCCCCCACAUUCCAAAGAAAUGUAAAUAAAAUACUAAA